AUGUCGAGUGCAACCACAGGUGUGGUGGCCAGUGAUCAACAACAACAGCCACCACUAUCAUCCAAUGACGAUCCUAACGAGAAGCCAUCUCCUGUUACAACAACAUCCGAUCCAUCAUCCUCUUCGCUUCUUACAGAAGAAUACAUUUGUGCGGAGGAAAUACGAGCACCAAAUACUUUACCUCUGAUGGCUGCAACCACGACGACUUCAUUGUUGUUGAAGGAGAACGAACACCGUUACGACGAAGAGGAAAAGAGUAGUCGUACGGAAGAACAUCUGUGUUCAGCAGAAACAACAACAACCGCUUCUCUAUCAACACAUCAUCAGCAACACAACUUUGCGACAGCAACCCCUACACACAUGGUUCAACAGCAGAGUUGCAACCACAACACUCAGCAACAAUUAUUAUCUCCUCACUCCUAUGCAUCUUCUUCCACUCCUCCAAGAAAGGCUCGAGUUUCAAUUUCCGACGACCCACAGCUACAACAACAACAACAACAACGAAGAAGCAGCUCUUCGGAAACAGCAACACUCUCCUCACCAUCAAUAUCAAGUAAUCCAUCUUCUCAAUCAUCCUUGUUGGGCUCAUGCUCCAUAACACCCUUAUUACCUCAAGGUGAUGCAGCCAUGAUGCUCAACGAGAAGAUUCAUCAAAUUUUCCUUCCUGUUUGCUUGUUUCUAUGUUACUCCUAUCUCGUUCUGUACUCUACCGAUUAUCCAAUAUGUAUGGCCUUUCUAUGCCUUUUGGCAAUUGUGCUUAAUUUUAAAUUUGUUCGUUCCAAGGUACAACAACUGGUCAUCAUGUGCAUGGUGAAACGACGUUUCAUAGAUUUGGAUGAGCCAAUUCAUGAAGAAGGCCUUUUUAACACUGGCUCCACGCAUCAGAGCCAGAUCAAUCACAACAACUCUGUCUCUAACCAAGCUGUCACUACCCCUACUGACACUGAUACUACCAAUAGAGGUAAUACUGAGGAAAUUAAUAAUAAUAAUAAUGGAAAUAUUCAUAACAGCGUUGUUGAGGAAAAUGAACAAAGAAUAGAAAUUGAAAUUUCCUCAUCACAACAAGACAUCUCCACCUCAUCAAAAACCACCCCUAAUUCUUCAACAACAGCUGCAGCAUCAUUCGCUAUGAAUUCGAAACAAUCAUCAAUAGACACUUCAGCACCUUUCUACUCGCCAGAUUUUUGGAAAUUUGGACGAACUUUGAUAUCGUCAAGAAAUUCUUCAUCUUCCUCAAAUCUAUCCCUUGAUAUGGGCGAAUUGGCGAGAAGGCAACGAUAUCUCGAAGUUUACACUUGCAAAGUAAUGAUUGUCAUGAAUGUCAUUGUGUUUUUCCUUCGGCUAUUGCUGUGUACAAAGGACUACACGGUUGGAUGGUUAAUGAUUGGAUUUCUCUCGAGCACCAUUCACAAUUAUUCAUAUAUUAUUUUACAGAAUGCUUUGGUGGAUUGUCGUGUGCAUUCCUACGAUGCCAUCAUGUGGAUUAUACUUUCCCAACAUGUAGUGUCAUUUGGAAUUGCAUUUAUUUUGUCAGCAAUCCAUCAUCGCCAUCUGGAAGCAUUUGGAACAUUUUGUCUCUUGACUGUGUUGAAUUUCAUGUUGAAUUCUGUGAGUUACAAAUUGAUGAACCGUCUCAAUACAAUGAAGUUAAUGACGAGCAAACUGAAAGAGGCAAACAGAUCCAAAAACGCCUUAGUGAGUUCAAUUUCUCAUGAAUUCCGUUCUCCAUUGAUGAGCAUUUCUGGAAGUAUUGAGCUACUGCUAGAUACUCCCCUAACAUCAGAGCAAGUAGGCUACAUUAAAACUAUUGGCAGCUGUAGUAGCAUCUUGCUCACCCUCAUUGAAGAUAUUCUUCAAUAUUCGAAGCUAGAGAAAACAAACAUGGAAAUUGCCACCAAUUCAAUGCUUGGAAAAACCAAUAGCCCUGAAGAUGAAGAGGAAAAGGCCGACACCUCAAAAACAGUAUUCUCACUCUCCGAUUGUCUCUCACAUGUCAAGAGCAUUGCAAGUGCGUACGCCUCUAGCUUUAAUGUCACUAUUGACUUUGUGAGUAGCAAAUUCCUGCCGCCCUAUGUACUGGGAGAAAGCGUGCGUUUACAACAAGUUCUCAUUAAUCUUCUUACUAACUCUAUUAAGGCAUCCCAAAAAAAUCAAGUGGUUACACUUGCAGUUGAAGUUCCAGAGGACGACAACCCUGAAGAUUUGGUCGACGACGGAAGAUCCAACACACCAGAAAACAUCGUUGUGAAACCAAGAAUACCCUCACCUGAAACAGUUCUUAAUUCUGAUCCAAAUUCAGAAAGCGUAGCUACAAAAACUGUUGUAUUUCGUGUGAUUGAUCAUGGCGUUGGUAUUCCAAAUGAUGUUCAAAAAUUAUUGUUCAAGCCAUUCUCGAGUCACAAUAGAACAGGUGAUGGUAGCGUUAUCGGGACAGGUCUAGGACUAACUAUUCUACGAAAAAUUAUUAUUAACAUGAAAGGAGGUAUUUCUUACAAGACAGAAUGUGCUCCCUCUCCUAAUCAAGGAACCACAUUUUCCAUUUCCAUACCUUUCAAACUUCCAGAUCGAAAAAAGAAAAAUUCUCUGAAGCAAAUCGAGGAAAUUCUGAGAUCUCAUCCCAUCGUUUCGAAUGGCCUUUCCGGAGGGGAUGGAGAGGCUAGUGUAGUGUCAGCCACCUCAAGUAUCAUACCUACUUCCAAUCUUGCCAAAGAUGACGAGACAGAUAAUGGAAAUAGUAUUGAUACAGAGCUUCAGAAGACUCAUCUACUUCAUAAAGAGCUUUACAUGAUGAAGAAGCGACAGUCAAAACCAAAUAUACCAAAAGGAGUAGGAACAAUAGUGCACAUGAACGGUCAUCACCUGACUCCACCAACUUCAAUGGAACAACAUCCAAAUUCUUCAUCACCGUCAACAUUACCCACACCGAACGGAGCAACCACUGUUCCAGAUGACAUCUACGAAACAAAAAUUCUUCUUGCUGAGGACAAUCCCAUCAAUUUAUCAGUCCUGAAAAAACUACUAGAAAAAGGAGGGUUUAAAUCCAUUACAACAAGUUCAAAUGGAUUUGAGCUUGUGGAAGCCUUUAAAAACGAAUAUCACAAUAUUAUUGUAACAGAUUUGCACAUGCCUUGCAUGAAUGGUAUUGAAGCUGCCAAUGAAAUACGAUCGUUACCAAAUGGUGACAAGACUAAAAUCAUUCUUCUUACUGCUGACGCCUUAAUGGAUAAAUUCAACAAUAUGGAUAGCAUUGACUCGUGCUUGAACAAGCCAAUUUCCAAAGAUGAUUUGAAUGAGGCAAUUAUCUCAGCAAUCAAGAUUCAGAGACAAGAGCAAGAAUAG